AUGUCUGCGCCAGGCGGGGCCCCCAGCCCUGCACCCCGGAGCGGAAGUAUGGGGCCCGGUGGUGGAGGAAUGUCCAUGCCUCCUCACCAGCAAUCAAUGUCCGCCAGCACCCCAGUCACCCCCGGUCCACCGGCUCCUCCACCCAGUGGCGCCAUGUCACAGCAGAAUUUGAAUCAAAUAGUCAUCGACUACCUGGCCAAAAAAGGCUAUAGCCGUACCGAAGCUAUGCUUCGGAUGGAGUCGGCCAAUCAAGAAAUUGACGGCCGCCCAUUGCCCCCUCUAGGCGAGGAUGCUCGUCCAAAGUACCGUAUGGGCUUUGAUUUACUCAAGGUUUGGGUGGAAGAUAACCUGGACCUGUACAAGCCCGAACUCAGACGUGUGCUCUGGCCGCUCUUUGUCUAUUCUUUCCUCAACAUGGUUACCUCUUUCUAUCCGCAGGAGGCAAAGCAAUUCUUUGAUAUCAAUAAGAACCUGUUCUUGCCGGAGCACACCGAAGAUGUCCGUGCUCUGGAGCCAAUCAGCCUCCCUGAACAUGUGCAGGACAAUUCGACUGCCAAGUUGUAUCGCAACAACAAGUACCGCUUGGUGCUCAGUAACCCGGCUUUUUCAAACCUCAUGCAGUUCCUGGAGAGCAAGCCGAAAGAAGGCGGCUCCGUCAUGUCCGCUAUUCUCAGCAGCUACUGCACUAUCAUUACAAAGGAGCGCGCCGUGGAUGACCGAUUCAGCUUUGCGGCUAUGCUGGGCCAGGCUGGAAUGGGGCAUUCUUUCCCCGCUGAAGACGAAGGUAUCCCCGGCCAUCACCCCGGAUCUGCUUACACAGGCGACAACCCUGCCAUGGCGGGAACGCUGCCGCGAUUGAGGCUCGGCAAACUCCCCAUGGAACAGACACUGGAGACUGACGUGCGCGGUGAACUCGCCGAUGAGGAUGCGAAGCACCCGCCAACGGCUGGCCAAAACACACUUGUCCAGGAGUUCGACCUGAUGAUCAAAAAGGAGGAAGACGAGGAGGCGCCAACCCGCGCUGACAUUCCCUACCCGCCGUCGACGGCACGCGAUGUGGAAAUGGAGAUCCAAAAGGUCAAGGAGAACCGCGACAGGUUCAGGAUUGAAGGCCGCACCGGUGGCGUCGGUCCCGCCGUUAGCGUCUGCAUGUUCACAUUCCAUAAUACAUAUGAUGGGAUCAACUGCCUAGACUUCUCGGAUGACAAUAUGCUCGUCGCAGCUGGUAUGCAAGAGUCAUAUAUCCGUGUCUGGAGCAUGGACGGAAAGAAGAUUCCGUCAACCUACGACAGUGUUGAUGAUGCGCCUCCAUCUAACUCGCGCCGUCUGAUCGGACAUUCUGGUCCCGUGUACGCCGUGGCCUUUGCCCCGUCUACCACCCGCUCGGAGACGGCGACAACCCCCACCAACGCCCGUUGGUUGCUCUCGUCAUCCGCCGACAAAACCAUCCGACUUUGGUCUCUGGAUCUGUGGCAAUGUAUGGUCGUGUACAAGGGACAUGAUCAACCGGUGUGGGAUCUCCAGUGGGGACCUUUUGGCCACUACUUCGUUUCGGGCGGCCACGACAAGACCGCGCGCUUGUGGGUGACCGACCAUAUCCGGCAGCAGCGCAUCUUUGUGGGCCACGACCAAGACGUCGACUGCGUGUGCUUCCAUCCAAACUCUGCGUACGUCUUCACCGGUAGCUCAGAUCACACCGUGCGCAUGUGGGCCGUGACGACCGGGAAUGCCGUCCGUAUGUUUACGGGACAUACGGGCAACAUCACCGCACUAGCGUGCAGCCGGGACGGCAAGCUUCUGGCAUCUGCUGACGAUCACGGCUCGAUUUUGCUGUGGGAUUUGGCUCCCGGCCGACUGCUGAAGCGCAUGCGUGGCCACGGCAAAGGCGGUAUCUGGUCCUUGAGCUGGAGCGUUGAAUCAACCGUCCUCGUGUCGGGCGGCGCAGACGGAACCGUUCGCGUCUGGGAUGUCGCCGGGCCCGCGCAGGACCCUUCGCAAGGACGAGUCGUUGGCGAGGGCGGUGCAGGGUCGAAGGUGGACGCGGGUAGUGCACCUGCCACUGGCGCGCAAGCUUCCAGCUCCGUGGCUCCGAAGAAGAAGGGCAAAGACGUUGUGGUGACGCCGGACCAGAUCAGCGCCUUUCCGACGAAAAAGAGUCCGGUGUACAAGGUCAAGUUCACCAAUAUGAACUUGAUCAUUGCCGGAGGUGCUUAUCUUCCGUGA